AUGUCAUCUAAUGAUGACCUUCCUCUCGAGAGUGAGUCAGGGAGGGAUGAGGAGAAGGAUAAUCGGCGAACCAACCCAGGCAGUCAAAAGCCCGCCAACAUCAUCGAGUUCGUCAACAGCGACGACCCAAAUGUCAGGAGUACUAUCCAGAGACACACGGCAUACCAUUCAGCAGCCCAAAGACGAGAUGCACGAUCACGACUGCUGCGCCGGUCCAGCCAAAGCAGAUAUCUGGAAUGGGGGAGACGACUACCGCGGACCGAUACCGAUACAACGACAUCUUCCACAAGCAGCGCCAGUAUAUCACCCGUGCGUUCGAUGGGGACGCCACAGCCCAGUCGGACAUCAAGCAAUCCCACAGAUCAAGGCUCAGAGACCUCUCAGAGCCGAACAGCCUCCAUCACCGAGAUAGACUCAUCUCUGCUCCUCCCGCCAGUACCAUCCGUACCGCAAGACAAUCCGGUCAUACAAUUCUUCACAAACACAAUCUGCCAGCACAACCGUAGCACCGGCCUCCUCGACCCUGCGAUAAACCAUAUGCUCGAACACGAAGCCUCGCGCCAUCUCCUCCUCGCAUACGCAUUCGCCAUGCGUUGGAAACUGCACGCCAGUCCGGAAACCAUCCAAGACCAAGUCGAUGCGCAAUCACACCUGAGCAUCGGUACGAAUGCAUUGUGGAACCGGCUGCGGCUGGCGGGCCCCCACGCAAGCAGCGACUCCGUCAUCCAAGCUGUGCUGUUGCUGCUCGUCUAUACCGCGGAUUUCGGCCAGCCCGCGGAAGUGCGUUUGCAUGAGGAUGCGCUGCGCACGAUGCUGGCGCAGCGUGGCGGUAUCGAUGUCUUUGCGCAUAAUCCGACCCUGCAGGCCCAGUUGUGGGCUAUUGAGUCUUCACGGGCUUUUCAUCUUACUUUUGGUUGUGAGGUCGCUUGUUCCAGUCCGUUUAGGUUCCCUGGUGGGCUGAGUUUGAGGCCUACGGCUGCAAUGGCGGCAGUGAUGGACGCGUGA